AGUAGACUUCCGGUUCUGAAUCAAAGGAGGUGGCGCCAAAGAACGUCAACAGAGCGGGUCGACAACGGAUUAAUUUAUUAAUUAGAUUAUAGAUGAUAGAUUACCAGAACAAUAUCGUUCAUUGCUGCCAACCACAACGAUAACGUGCAUUAAUUUAACGUUCGUCUAGUGAACGAUAAGGAGCCACAGGUAGGGUUAGGGUUAGAGAGGGUUAGGGUUGAUGUUAGAUCCUGAUCAUGAAGACUGAGCCGCUGCUCGUCGUCGUGUCCGUCCUGGAGGGUCGUGACUUCCCGAAGAGCCAGCGGGCGUGUGUGGUGGUGACGGCUCGGUUCGAUGGAGAGAGGCUCUCCACUGACCCCGUGGAGAGCCGAGAGCAGCCCCAGUUCAGCACGGAGCUGGCCUGGGAACUGGACCGCCGCACCCUGCACCAACACAGGCUCCAGAGGACCCCCAUCAAGCUGACGGUGUUUGCGGUGGGCAGCGGGACGGGGGGAGAGUCGGGGGGAGAUGCACUGGGCUACGUGGUUCUGGAGCUGCGCUCCGUCCAGGAGAUCAGACAGGAGCCCCGCUGGUACCCUCUCCUCAGCAGUCGGUUCUCCCAGCGGCGGCCUGCCCUGCUGCUCAGCGUUCUGCUGGAGAACGACACCAAGACCCCCCACGCCUCUCCUGAUAGGUUCAGAGCCAAGAAGGCCCCGCCCAGACCAGGUUCUCUCGUCGUGGCUGAUCUGGUCCCAGAGCGGCUGGAGGCGGUUCUUGUGCCGGAGCAAGGCUACCACCAGGUGGGACCCCCAGAACUCUGCUCCGACAUGUUCGUCCUGUCCGUCACCGUCGCCUUCGCCUCCAAACUAGAGCAGCUGGUUCCCAGCACCGUGCCGCUGGCGGCGGAGGGGGCGGACUUCUUCUUCUACUACAGCCUGCUGGGUAAUGACAUCACCAGCGCUCCGUUCCUCAACCUCCUCAGCCCCUCCUUCCAGCCGGAGCGCGCCUCCGUACGCAUCCGCAGCACAAAGCAGGUCCUGCUCACCUACCUGGGCCAGCAGCCUGCUCUACAGGUCCAUCUGUGUUGUGGAAGCCAGUCUCUGGGGAGUGCAGAGGUACCUCUGUCGGACCUGUCUCACUGCUGCGGGGCGCUGGACAGACAGACGGCCACGGUGGAGGGGGUUUUCGUCCUCAGGGGGGGGGGCAGAGGGCCCCCAAGAGGCCCCCCCGCCGACCUGCAGCCGUCAGUCGGCCUGGCCCUCAGCCUGCGGAGGGAGAUGUUGCCAGGCAACAGUGAUGGAGGAGAUGGGCCUGCCCAGCCAGCGGCCCCAUCCCUCGUCGCCAGGCCCCCCCAGACACACCAGCAGGGGGCGCCCUGUCCAUCAGCUCACACAGGGCUGAACCGGCUGGUGGAGGUGGAGCAGGGCCAGGGGGGGGAGGUGGACCAGGGGGGGGAGCUGGUCUCUAUCCCAGCCUCAUCGCACCACUUCUGCUUCUCUCUGGACCUCCGCAGUCUCACCAACCUGCUGCUCCCACACACCCCCUCAGUCGUCCUCAGGUACUGGUACCGGUUCCUGGGGGGUGCUUCUCCCAUCAGCACCAGCCCGGCGGUGGAGCUCCGGGGGGGGGAGGAGGUGUUCCUCCCUCAGUCCUUCUGCUCCUUCCACUUCGCUGCCCAGCCCCAGCAGAUGCAGCAGACCUUCACCAGUGUGCCCCUACAGGUGGAGGUGUGGUGUCGCGCCCCCGGCUCCAGAGACCAGCUGGUGGGCUCUGCCUCCGUGCCCCUGGCGCCGCUGCUCUGUGCAGAGCGGACUAGUUUCAGUGGUCCUCUGGGUCAGCCGGCCUGCAGACAGACGCUCACCACCACGGCACCCGUACUGUCCAACCACAGGGAGAAGGUGGCUGACCUGUGUUACACAUCCACCCUGGAGGACCAGGGGCCCCUCCAGACCACAGCCACCCUGGAGGACCAGGGGCCCCUCCAGACCACAGCCACCCUGGAGGACCAGGGGCCCCUCCAGACCACAGCCACCCUGGAGGACCAGGGGCCCCUCCAGACCAUAGCCGCCCUGGAGGACCAGGGGCCCCUCCAGACCACAGCCACCCUGGAGGACCAGGGGCCCCUCCAGACCACUGCCGCCCUGGAGGACCAGGGGCCCCUCCAGACCGCUUCCCUGUCCUCUGCCCAGAGCAGACUGGAGCAGCAGGAUCUCAACCGGACCCCAACACGAGCACCCCCCGGCGGCCCCAGCAGGGGCCCCCAGCCCGGGCCGGGCCCCAGCAGGACCCCCGGCCAGGCCUGGGCCCCCGGGCCGGGCCCCAGCAGGACCCCCGCCCAGGCCUGGGCCCCCGGGCCGGGCCCCAGCCGAGACACCCUGGAGUACCGUACCGCUGUGGAGCUGGAGCUAUGGAAGGAGGAGCAGGAGGACGCCUUCCUCCAGCAGCUGAGGAGAAAGGAGUCUAGUCACAUGCAAGUGUUGGCUGAAGAGUGGAGGAGACGAGACGGCGAGAGAGAAGCUCUGGUCAAGAAGAAGGAAGUGGAGUAUAACCAGUUAGAGGAGCGUCUGCAGAAGACUCUAGAGGACCUCGAGAUCAGAGAGAAACAGCUGGAGCACGCUCACAAGGAGAGCCAGGCGGUCGGCCGGGACCUCCGGCUGGACUACGAGCUUCGGCAGCGGGAGCUGCAGGAGAGGAGCGGGCAGCUGGCCAGGGAGUACGGCCAGCAGGGGGCGGCAGAGCGCCACCGCCUGGGCCUGCUGGAGGCGGAGAGGAACCGACUGCUGCAGCAGGUGGAGGAAGGUGAACUGCGGUACCAGGCCCUCCAGAAGGAGUUCUCUGUGUUCAGGGAGCAGCAGCACUGCAGACCAGAGGCCCGCCUGCAGUCGGAGGUCAACCUCCUGACCCUGGAGAAGGUGGAACUGGAGAGGAAGUUGGAGUCGACCACCAAGUCCAAACUCCACUACAAGCAGCAGUGGGGGCGCGCUCUGAAAGAGCUGGCCCGCUUCAAACAGCGGGAGCAAGAGAAUGCUCUCCAUCGUCUGAAGAGGCAGCAGGAGGAGUUGGAGGCCAUGAGGCUACGUUACCUAGCAACCGAGGAGAAGGAGGCGGUGCUGAGUGAGAGACAGGAGCUGGACAGCAUCCGCCACCAGCUGACCAGGUUAAAGCAGCAGGAGGAGUCUUCAGACCCCGCCCCCAGCGAGAAGGGGGAGGAGCAUCUGGCUCGGCUGGUGGAGGAGAGAGACUCCCUGCUGAGGACGGGCGUGUACACCCAGGACGACCUCAUCAUCAGCCAGCUCAACACACAGAUACACACUGCACGCACACACAGUACUACACACACACUUUAGACACACACAACACACACAAUACACACACUAACACACACAAUAGUACACACACGCACUAUACACAGAUACACGCUGUGACCACUAG